ACAGAUGAGCCAUACAAAUGUACAUGGUGUGAGAAGUGUUUUACUUACAGAUCUGAUUUAAAUAGACAUCAGAUAAUUCAUACAGGUAAAAAGCCCUACACAUGUUCUCAGUGUGGGAAAUGCUUUUCCACAAAAGCUUCUUUUGAUAUCCACCAGAGAACUCAUACAGGUGAGAAGCCCUAUACGUGUACUCUGUGUGGGAAGUGCUUUUCCACAAAAUACAAUUUAAAUAUCCACGAGAGAACUCAUACAGGUGAGAAGCCCUACAAUUGUAUUCUUUGUGGAAAGUACUUUUCCACAAAAUCUUAUUUAAAUACCCACAAGAUAAUUCAUACAGGUGAGAAGCCCUAUACUUGUACUCUGUGUGGAAAGUGCUUUUCCAUGAAAAGUCAUUUAAAUGUCCACCAGAUAACUCAUACAGUUGAGAAGCCCUACAAUUGUAUUCUUUGUGGAAAGUACUUUUCCACAAAAGCUUAUUUAAAUAUCCACCAGAGAACUCAUACAGGUGAGAAGCCCUAUACUUGUACUCUGUGUGGAAAGUGCUUUUCCAUGAAAAGACAAUUAAAUAUCCACCUGACAACUCAUACAGUUGAGAAGCCCUACAAUUGUAUUCUUUGUGGAAAGUACUUUUCCACAAAAGCUUAUUUAAAUAUCCACCAGAGAACUCAUACAGGUGAGAAGCCCUAUACUUGUACUCUGUGUGGAAAGUGCUUUUCCAUGAAAAGUAAUUUAAAUAUCCACCAGAGUACUCAUACAGGUGAGAAGCCUUACAAAUGUUCUACGUGUGGGAAGUGCUUUUCUGGAAAAUCUAAUUUAAAUCGGCACAAGAUGAUUCAUGCAGGUCUUUAAUGCAAGAUAUUUAUACUUCUGACUAUUCAACCAGAUGAAUAUCCCUGGGAGUAUACACAGAGUAGGAUCUGUUGAGGAAGCAUAAUUUAACUGCCACCGUGCCAUUUAACUUACCAUUCCUGCAAUAGCCCUGCAAAUGUAUUCGG